CCCAAACCCCAACUCACUUCUUAGCUUUCUCUUCUUGAUAGGUUUGGGGUUUCUAUUUGAUGGGCAUUACCUCUCUUCAAGUUUGCAUGGAUUCAUCUGACUGGUUGCAGCAGGGCACAAUUUCCGAGGAAAUCGGCGCGGGAAUGGACUCCUCCUCCCUAACCGGCGGCGACGACAUACUAGCAUGCAGCCGCCCUCUAACGGAGCGGCGCCUCCGCCCCCAGCACGAGCAGUCCCUGAAAUGCCCGCGCUGCGACUCCACCCAUACCAAAUUCUGCUACUACAACAACUACAGCCUCUCCCAGCCCCGCUACUUCUGCAAGACCUGCCGCCGCUACUGGACCAAAGGCGGCUCCCUCCGCAACAUCCCCGUCGGCGGCGGCUGCCGCAAAACCAAAAAAAACCCCUCCAAAAAACCCUCCUCCCCUCCCACCGCCGCCAUGUCGCCGGCGCCGCCGCACUCCGCCGGCGCCGACCUCCGCCUCUCCUUCCCGGACCACCUCCGCUUCCAUGCAUCCGCCGGGUUGUACGGUGCGAACCCUCCCUACAUGCUUGAAAAUAAUCCCACUCCUAUUGAUUUCAUGGACAAUAAAUACGAGGCCCUUUUGGGGGGCGGUGGCGGUGGUGGUGGCGGCGAUGCUUACCACCACCUUAAUUUCGGUGGGAUGCUGCCCAAUGGCGGAGUCAUGUCGGGGUUUGAUCUCGACCCGUAUGAUAGUAUUAGUAAUAUUCAAAACGAUGUCGUUGAGGCGAAACCUAAUGCUAGAUUUUUGUCGUUGGAAUGGCAUGAUUAUCAGCAGCAACAACAACAGCAACAGGCUUGUAAUGUGAAUGGGUACGGAUUUGGGUCGUGGACCGGGUUGGUCAACGCGUACGGGGCAUCCGCGACGAAUCCCUUAGUUUAAAUAUUUACUAGUAAUUAUGUGGUGGUGGAUGUAAUGCUAGGAGGGUUUGGUCUAUGAUCAUAUGUUAAAUCAAAUGAAAUGAGAGGCUUGGUUAACUAGGGUGGGACAGUAACUUCUUUUUUAUAUUUUGGUGGUUUUAAAUGUUAAAUUCUACUAUAGUUGAGUGUGAAUUGGGAAUGUGGAAGUCUUUGAGCAUGGUUAAUUUAUUUGGUGUGUUAAUUUUGA